CAGCUCACAACCCAACAAACCCCAGAUUUUCCACUCCUCAAGCCCACAACCCACAACUCAUCAAAAUGCAACUCCUCACCUACCCCCCUCUCGUCCUCAGCCUGAGCACCCCCGCCCUCUCAGCUUCUUGGGGAAUCAAGGCCUGGCACAGCGACGACUGCAGUGGCUCCCUGCUGACGCACAUCGAGAACUCUCCCAAGACGGGGUGCUUCAACUUCGACAAGAAAGAGGGGUACGGGAUCCGCUCAAUCAACGGAAACUUCAAAAGCAAGGACUACCACAUCACGAUCUACCCCAAGGAGAACUGCAAGGGGACGGCGGCGUGGCCCGGCAAGAGCAUCAGUCCCCACAAGUGCGAGGUGUUCAAGGAGUGGACCUCGAAGGUGGUCAUGUACUCGUACAAGGUCACUGCUGCUUAGGCUUUUGUCAGGGGGAUUGGAGGGGGUACCAGGAUGUCGCUGCGCUGCGCCUUUGGCUUCAUCAUACAUAUGGAUCUUCAUGCUGCAGGAUUUUCGAGCGAAUUAUAUGUACUUACUCUCACCCUUUCCAU